AUGCCGGUGUCAUUUGUUGAGCCUGCUUCAGCAGCAGAACCUUUAGCCAUUGUUGGUCUUGCAACCCGCUUCCCGCAAGAAGCCUAUAACACAGAAAAACUAUGGCAGUUUUUACUGGCGAAGAGAUGUGCCCAUACACCAAUUCCCGAAGACCGGAUGGGCCCAGGACAUUACCAUCCUGAUCCUGAACAUGGCGGUACACAUGCUGUCGCAGGCGGUCACUUUCUUGCCGAAGAUCCAGCAUACUUCGACUCUUCAUUCUUUGGAAUCACAAAAGGCGAAGCCAUGUCACUUGACCCUCAACAACGCGUGGUACUGGAGAAUGUGUACCUUGCUCUUGAAAACAGCGGUUUCACAUUGGAGCAAGUCGCAGGAUCCAAUACUUCAGUUUACGUCUCUGGCUUCAACCACGACCACCUAGCCAUCCUGAACAGCGAUCCAGAGACAACGCUGAGACAUCGCGUCACUGGCCUUACCAACUCGAUGCACAGCAAUCGUGUCUCGUGGUUCUUCGACCUAAAAGGACCAAGUGUAACUAUCGAUACAGCGUGCUCGAGCUCCAUGGCUGCUUUACAUCUUGGUAGCCAGAGUCUACGAACAGGGGAGAGCGAUAUGUCUAUCAUUACUGGAGUAACAAUCCUCAAUUAUCCUGGCGACGUUAACGGCAUGUCGCAUCAAGGCUUCCUCAGUCCCGAUGGUCGGUGUUUUAGUUUCGAUCACCGCGCUAACGGCUUUGCUCGUGGAGAAGGAGCAGGCACAGUAAUUGUAAAGCGUCUUAGCGAUGCCCUUCGUAACGGUGAUACUAUCCGUGCAGUCGUUCGUGGUACAGGUAUCAACCAAGACGGCCGUACUCCAGGCCUGACUCUUCCAAGUAGCGAUGCACAGGAAAGAUUGAUAAGAACCACAUACGCAUCUGCCGGACUAAACUUUGACGAUACCACAUUAGUAGAAGCACAUGGUACUGGCACGAAACAAGGAGACGCGAUUGAAGCCCGCGGAAUUGCACAGGCAUUCAAGUCGAGACGAAAAGAUAAACCGCUUUAUCUAGGUUCAGUAAAAGCGAGUGUAGGCCACUUGGAAGGUGCCGCUGGUGUUGCAGGAAUCAUCAAAAGUGUACUGGCACUAGAAAAUGGUGUCAUUCCGCCACAAGCCAAUUUUGAAAAGGCAAACCCCAAGAUUCCCUUCGAGAAAUGGAAUCUUUCUAUUGCCGAUAAGGCUGUUCCAUGGCCUACGUCAGGUCUCCGCCGAGUGUCAAUUAAUUCUUUCGGCGUAGGAGGAACGAAUGCACAUGCUAUCCUGGAUGAUGCUUACCACUAUCUGAAAGAUCGUGAGUUGACUGGAAAUCACCGCACAGCCAUUACAGCACCUUCCAUAGAGAAGAUUGAUUCUCUGAGCCGGGCUGCGGAAGCUCUUAUAGCCCCUUCUGAGCAGCUCAGCGAAACCCCACACUUGAAUGGAGACGAGAGUGCUCCACAACAGAAUGGGACCCACACACCAUCGAAAACCAACGGCCAUGCUCACGCUGGUAAUGGUGUUGACAAAGCCCAUAAUCUGAGAAGUUGGGUGUCGGCUGAACAUAUUCCAAAGCCUCCUCAACUCAUUGGACUCUCCGCCUUUGAUGAAGCAGGCGUGUCACGGAAUGCCGAAACACAGCUCGCCUUCUUCAAGUCCCGUUCUACAUACCCUCCAUCCUUCUUAAACGACUAUUCUAAUACUUUGAAUCGGCGUUCUCAGUUCAGCUGGCGCAGUUUUCUUCUUGCUGGAGAUGCUUCUGAUAUGGUUGAGGCCCUUCCAAACGUUCAUACAAAAGCUAUCCGAGCCCGCGGACCCAUAUCUAUCGCCUACGUCUUCACGGGUCAAGGAGCUCAAUAUGCAGAGAUGAGCCGAGAACUCUUCGUGUAUCCCGUAUUCCGUGAGAGCAUAACACAAGCAAGUCAGUUCUUUACAUCUUUGGGCGCAACCUGGUCUCUUCUCGACGAACUGUCCCACACAAAAGAACAAAGCAAUGUCAAUGAGCCUUGGUUAUCACAGCCCGCGUGUACAGCCGUCCAGGUGGCAUUAGUAGAUCUGCUAAGGUCAUGGGACGUGAAGCCAUCAAGAGCUGUAGGACACAGUUCCGGAGAGAUAGCUGCAGCCUACGUUUCCGGAAAGCUGACUCGUGAGUCUGCAUGGCGUGUGGCAUACUACCGAGGAGUAGUAUCUGCGAAACAAAGCGAACAAAAGGGCACGAUGCUGGCUGUCGGUUUGUCCGAACAUGAUGCCCGGCCAUAUGUGGACGCUUUGGCUAAGCAAGGGGUUCUGGUGGUCGCCUGCAGCAACAGUCCGAGAAACUGCACUAUCUCCGGGGAUGAGCAUCUGGUCUCAAAACUGCACGACUUGCUACAAGAGAAGGAAAUCUUUGUGAGAAAGUUGACUAUCCAAAAAGCGUACCACUCGCCGCACAUGGACCAUGUUGCGAAAGAGUAUGCCGCACUUCUGGACGGUAUUUCACCGGAUACAUCCAUCUCACCGAAUACCGUGGAAAUGGUCUCAACAGUGACCGGAGCUUUCGUUACCGAAGAACUUCUAGAUGCAGAACACUGGGUCAAAAACUUGGUUUCCCCAGUUCGAUUUUCGGAUGGUUUGACAGCGACAUGUUUCCGAUCCGCACAAAAAGGCCAGGUUUCACUCCGAGUUGAUGCUCAGGGAGGCAACCAUUUUGCGGAUGUUGUGCUGGAACUCGGUCCUCACGGCGCUCUCCAAAGCGCUAUCAAAGAUAUCCUCGCUACUCAGCCCAGCGGGUCAAGUAUAACCUCGUUCCCCGUUUUGAAUCGAUCUAAACCCGGGCCUGAGACGCUGUUAACUGCACUGGGACACAUCUGGUCUCGCGGAUAUCCAAUCAGCCUUCAAAAAGUUAACGAAUGCACUCAGUCUGAGCCAAAUGCCCUACUAACUGACAUACCUGGCUACACGUUCAACCACUCUCAACUCCUCUGGUACGAAAGCCGUCUGAGUCGCAACUACCGGCUCCGCAAAGCGCCUCGCCAUGACCUCUUCGGCGCACCAGUACCAGAUUGGAACAAAGAGCGCCCUCAGUGGAGAAACGUACUUCGACUGAACGAACAGCCCUGGCUGCGUGAUCACAUUGUUACAAACUCCCAUGUCUAUCCGGGUGUGGGUUACCUCAUCAUGGCUAUCGAAGCAAUCCAGCAGAUCGCUGAUGAAGGUCUCGAAAUCACUUCCUUCCGCCUAAGAGACAUAUCUAUCAAACGUGCAAUGAUUGUUCCGGAUAGUAAAGACGGGCUGGAAGUAAUGCUCUCAAUGAACCGGGUGGACGAAUCCAGCAUAACAGUCUCAAACACAUGGCGCCGAUUCCAAAUCUCGUCUUACAAUCCUGCUGGCGAUGACUGGAUCGAGCAUUGUACAGGAUACAUUGCUGUGGAAUAUGCUACAAUCACUGGUCCAGUUGACGAUGGGCUAGAAGCUCGAGAGGAGUCAGCCAGAAGACGCCGAGAAUUACAAGAUGCCGAGCACAAAUGUCAGGCAUCGUUUGACAUGUUCCGUGCGUACGAGAAUAUGGCCACAGUAGGACUUCAAUUUGGCCCAUUGUUCCGCAAUGGGUCAGACGCUAGGGGCACUGGUGAUCAAGGCGGAGCAGUCAUUGGGCGAGUGACAGUGCCGGAUAUCGCAGCGUCAAUGCCCAGGCAGCACGCAUCGCCACAUCUGAUACAUCCUGCUACGUUUGACAGCAUGAUACACUUCGCCCUUGCCGCUAUCAUGGAUCUCUUCGGUGCCACAAGUCUGGAGAACCCGGCAGUUCCAACAUUCAUCAAGGAUGUCUGGCUAUCAGCAGACCUGAACCCGCUGCCUGGCCACAAGUACAAAGUACAUGGUCGAACUGAGCGAGUUGCUUUCGAGAAGUAUGACAACGACGUACUUGUGUGGGACGAGGAAACUGGAGAUGCAAGAAUCUCAGUCACCGGUAUUCGCGCCACACCACUCGACUCUGCCGAUCAGCGAGCAGCAACUAGCAGAGAAUUGUGCCACGAGGUCAAGUGGCCCGUUUAUCUCGAGACAAUCUCUCAAGCAGACUUGGUUCCAGAGGAACGCCCCGUGGGAUCCGACAGUCUGACAGCCGAAUGGGUACACCGGUUGCAACUAGCCACUCUCUGCCUCGUCCACGACGCACUGGACGAGUAUCGAAAAGCCCCCAAGGCUCUCCAAGGUCAUCUUCAAAAUUACUUCAACUGGCUAGAGCAACUCGAACACUGGACGAAAGAAGACAAAAUCUCAUCAGUCCCACGCUCCGACUUCGAAGCCAUUCGUCACAACGACGCCGCCAAAACCAACAUCUAUACCCAAAUUCAAGCCUACAAAGCCGAAGGCCGUCUAGCCUACCGCAUGGGUUCAAACAUAGUUUCCGUUCUCCGCGGCGAAACCGAUCCCCUCCAACUCAUGUUCGGUCAGGACGACAUCCUCGACCAAGUCUACGCCGACCUCGUGCGCCUUGGCGAUCUCCCUGAGCUCCUAUCCAAAUACCUGCACAUCCUCGGUGAAAACCGGACCAACCUACGCGUUCUCGAAGUCGGCGCUGGAACCGGAUCGUCCACCGAAGCUGUGAUCAGGAACCUUGCCCCGGUAUCUGAAGACGGCCAGCUGUUGCAAUCUAGCGUGCUGCAAUACACCUAUACGGAUAUCUCGUCUGCCUUCUUCGAUAAGGCGCGCGAGAAAUUCAAGGCGUGGAAUUCCAUCUUUGAGUACAAGGUGCUACAUGCUGAGAAGGAUGUUGAGAGCCAGGGAUUUCAGGCCGGAACUUACGACGUUGUCGUUGCGCAGAAUGUUAUUCAUGCGACUGAGGAUUUGCAUUCUACGCUGUCAAAUUUGAGGAAGUUGCUUAAGCCUGGUGGACGAAUUUUGAUCCAAGAGGGUAUGAGGCAGGACUACUUCUGGUCAGCACUGGCGUUUGGGCAGCUGAGUGGUUGGUGGCUCUCGAAAGAGGAAACGAGGAAGUGGAGUCCGUUCGCGUCAAAGGACCAGUGGGCAACGAUCUUGAGUGGAGCUGGCUUUGAUGGGGUUGAGUUGGAGUUGAAAGAUGCCCAGAUUGAUGUGUCGCAUACGCAGAGUAUUCUUGUGUCACGUGCUGUUGAGCAGAAUGCGGCGUUGGAAGUGCAAAAGGGCAGAGCUGUUAUCAUUGUACCCGAAUCAUUGGACAAGGAUUUGAUCUCAGGGCUGCAGCAGGAAUUGGAGAAAACACUUCAGAGUGGAAGCAUCUCCAUCGCCUCAAUCCGCGAGCUGAAAGACCAAGAUUUGAGCCAGACUCUAUGCGUCUCACUCCUGGAACUGAACAGCCCUGUUCUCUCCACCCUGACUUCAGAAGAGUACGAAGGCGUCCGAAAGGUACUUACAGAAUGCCACGCCGUUCUCUGGGUCACAGGUGACAUGCUAGAAACCCCCGAAAACAGCAUGGCCCUCGGUCUUAUCCGCACCAUACGAUGGGAACGAGACCUCGACGACGCAAACCUCGUCACCCUAUCCAUCACAAACCCCAAGCCCAACACACCCAACCUUAUCGAAUGUAUAAGCAAGCUCACUACCCUCCAAUUCACUAACCCUCUCCCCAAAGAAGAAAAGCAGGGCGAAUACAUCUUCAAAGCCGGAUCCUUCUUCACCAGCCGCCUCCACUCAAGCACCACGGGAAACCGCUUCCUUGCCUCCCAAUUCAGCACUCCCCAGCCCGUUCCCACAGCCUGGAAAGACGCUGGAAGACCAGUCAAACUAUCCUCUGCCUCACCCGGACAGCUAGAUCGCCUCCAAUGGGUUACCGACCCCGUCUACACCACACCCCUAGACCCCACACACGUCGAGAUCGAAAUCAAAGCCAUGGGCCUCAACUUCCGCGAUCUGAUGAUCGCAAUGGGUGAGCAUAUGGCUUACAGCAUCGGGUGUGAAGCCGCUGGUGUCAUUUCUCGUGUCGGUUCGCAAGUCACUGACGUCGCGGUUGGAGAUCGCGUCACGUACAUCACUGGAUUGGAUCAUGUCGGUUGUUUCCACACAUUUGGGCGGGUGGACCAGUCGGUCGUGACAAAGAUUCCUGAUUCGCUAAGCUUCAGUGAUGCGGCUGGACUACCGGCUGUGUAUGUUACUGUGUUGUAUGCACUGAGAGAUGUGGCGAGGUUGGCAAAGGGGGAGAAGGUGCUGAUUCAUGCUGCGGCGGGAGGUGUAGGACAGGCGUCGAUUAACUAUGCGAAGAGUGUUGGGGCAGAGAUCUUUGCUACUUGUUCGACGCCUGAGAAGAGAGAUGUGAGUAAUGAUUUAUCUAUACAGAGGGAAUUGCUUACUGACUUGAGCUUAGGUGCUCGUGCAAAACUACGGUAUCCCGGAAGAUCACAUUUUCUCGAGUCGAGACUUGAGUUUCGCAAAGGGCAUCCUGCGAGUGACUGGCGGGUAUGGAGUCGAUGUGGUUCUCAAUUCACUUGCUGGAGAUGUACGUGCACCAAAUAUCGCAAAUACUCAUUGAUCCUUUUGGCUGACAAAUUUUCUCAGGCUUUGAGAUGCUCCUGGGAACUUCUCGCACCCUUCGGUCGCUUCAUUGAGAUCGGAAAGAAGGACAUUCAAGCCAAUUCCAGGAUCGAGCUUAGACCUCUUCUGCGAGGCACUUCCAUGACUUGCGUCGACUUGGUUACAAUGAUGAAGUGUCGGCCACAACUAGUCAAGCAGCUCACUGACGACACAGUUCGCCUUUGGAGCGAGGGCGUUGUCAAAACCGCAAAACCAACAACCGUUUCCCCACUUUCGAAGCUGGUUGAAGGCUUUCAGACUCUACAGUCUGGUCGUGGAACUGGUAAGAUGGUGUUCGUCCCACACGAUGACGAUAUUGUCCCGAUCGUGCCGGAGCAGCAAACCCCAUUCUACUUCAAGCCAGACGCAACAUACGUCCUGAGCGGUGGACUGGGAGGAUUGGGACGAAGUAUUGCAAGAUGGAUGGUGAACAGGGGUGCUCGCAACCUAUUGUUCCUAUCGCGCAGUGGCAAGAUCACUCCAGCCGUUGCCGAGAUGGAAAAGCAGCUGGUCGAGCAAAAAUGUCAGGUCCGCAUUGAAAAAUGCGACGUCACUGAUUCAGCCGAUCUUGAGAGGGUCCUGAAGGAAUGCGAGUCAUCUUUGCCACCCAUCAAGGGCGUCAUUCAGGGAGCUAUGCAACUCUCAGACUCCAUCUUCGAAAACAUGACCUACGAAAACUACAUGUCCGCCAUAAACCCCAAAGUACUCGGCUCCUGGAACCUCCACGAGCACCUCCCCAAAGACCUCGACCACUUCGUCCUCCUCUCCUCCGCAACCGGUAUCCUCGGGAACCGAGGCCAGGCCAACUAUGCCGCAGGAAACACCUACCAAGAUGCCCUCGCAGCGUACCGCCGCUCGCAAGGUCUCACAGCCUCCACCAUCGACGUCGGUGCAAUCCUCUCCGUCGGCUACGUCGCCGAAAACUCCUCGCGUGUGGCCAUCAACAAAGGCGUAAGCGUGGAGCUCGAGCAGAUCCGUGAAGAAGAACUACACGCGAUUCUCGAAUACAGCAUCGAUCCACGCCAGAAUCCCCCUGCACAAAUCGUUACAGGUUUGGCUAACAGAGACAAAUACCGGCACAAGGGAAUGCCGACGCCGUCGUUCAUGAGUUUCCCACUGUUUGCUCAUCUGAAUAGUGAGACAUUGACUGGCGCGGCGUCGUCUGAGAGCACCGAGAUUCCUGUCGAGGCCUUGCUUGCUCAGACAAAGACAUUGGAUGAAGCAGCUGACAUCAUUACAGCGGCGGUGAAGGGCAAACUGGCGAGUUUGCUGUCGGUAGCAGCGGCAGAUAUCGAUGAGGACAAGUCGAUAAGCGCAAACGGUAUUGAUUCGCUAGUGGCUAUAGAGUUCAGGACGUUCCUUGCGAGGGAGGUCAAGGCGGAUGUGCCCAUGUUGGAUGUUAUGGGGACUUCGACAAUUAAGGUGUUGUGUAAGAAGAUUGCUACAUUGAGUCGCGCUGUAGAUGUCAAGCAAGACGAGAAGAGUGGUGAAUAG